AAAUUUUGACAUCUAUUAUAUUGUUGAAAUAAUCACAAUAAUAUCUUAAAAUUUAUAAAUUCGUGUGCACUUGAAGUUUGAGGAUAAACCGAAUAUUAAUUAGUUUUGUAGAUCGAUCUUUAAUCUUAUAUUGAUCACAAUUUAUACUUGAUACGACUAAUAUUAAACAGUUUCAAUAUGGCUGAGCUUGCUGCAUUACUACAAACAGAGAUUCCUGAAGGUCGAAAUCACCUUACAGACAGUCAUACAAAUCUCGAAAGAGUGGCAGAAUACUGCGAAGCAAAUUAUUUCCAGUCUGAAAACAAACGAUUAGCACUUGAAAGUACUAAGAAUUAUACUACUCAGUCUUUGGCUAGUGUUGCAUAUCAAAUCAACACUCUUGCAUAUAACUUUUUGCAAUUAUUGGAGCUACAAACUAUGCAGUUGGCAGAAAUGGAGGGACAAAUGAACCACAUUGCUCAGACUGUUGCUAUACACAAGGAAAAAGUGGCUCGCAGAGAAAUUGGUGUUCUUACUGCUAACAAAGUAACUAACAGGCAAUAUAAAAUAAUAGCACCAGCUAAUCCUGAAAAGCCUAUAAAGUAUGUAAGAAAGAGUAUUGAUUAUACAGCUCUUGAUGACAUUGGUCAUGGUGCCCGUUGGAACAGUAAUGUCAGUGGAACCCCUCGUGGACGUCGCUCUAGCUCAGUGCCUGGGGCUGCACCUCUGCCUGCCCCAACAACAAAACCUCCAACACCACCAGCUGCUGUGCGUUCUGCCUCAGCAUCCAAUACUGGCACUUUAGGACGUGGUACACUUGGCAAGUCAUCACGUGAGUACCGUACACCCCCUGCUGUGGCUCCACCACAGGUGCCAUCACAUUAUGCACCUAACUACCCUCGACGCCCUCCUGGCUACUCCACCUUGCCUGUAGCACAACCACAGGUAGGUAUGGUACAUCCAACUCAACAUCAAUCUCCUAACAACUAUUCUCAACAAGAUCUACAUGCAAGCAUGCCACCCCCUCCAUCACCUUUGAUUGGAUCUGAUGGAGAACACAGCCAGCAUUCUAUGAGCCUUCCUGGUCAGCGUGCGUCUUCAUCUUCGGCUGGUGGGUCGAUCCGCGGUGGCUCGGUCUCGCCCCCCCUACCGCCACCCCCCAUGGACGACGAACUCGCGCACGAUGGGUUCGGACGACAACAGCACGUGCAUAACAAGAUGGGCCCAUACAGUGGCGCAGUGCCGGCCAUAGUGCCAGAUGAAGAAGACUUGCCCGGGUGGGUGCCCAAGAACUAUCUUGAGAAAGUUGUGGCAAUCUAUGACUACUAUGCAGACAAAGAGGAUGAACUGUCAUUCCAAGAGAGUUCUGUUAUCUAUGUUUUGAAAAAGAAUGAUGAUGGAUGGUGGGAAGGUGUUAUGGAUGGAGUCACUGGGCUCUUCCCUGGUAAUUAUGUUGAACCCUGCGUGUAAUUAAAAAAUGUAUGUUAUCGUCUUUAAUUGCUCAUACCAGGCCGAUUUUAAUGGCGCUGGUCCACAGUCUGUCACAGAGCAUCGAAAUUUGGCUUGAAAAUAUUACAUCUAUUGCAUUGUUUAAAGCUUAAACGUCAAAAAAUUAUACAGCUGUCAAAACACUUGUUUAUGCAAGACGGCGCCAAGUAACAACUUAGUAAUUACAAGGUGGGGAGCAAAGGAAUCCAAUGAAAUAUCAUUUAAGUAAUAUAAAAAAUCCUUUAUUUUUAAAAUGCUACUAAAACUUUUGUAAUAAACUUUGAUGGUUUUGGAACUAUUUUUUUAUUGUCUCUGCAUCCUGUUAAGCUUAUAUUUAAAGCUAUUUAAUGAUCUCUGUGUUCAAAAUGCCACCAAAUCAUCAAUUCAAAUAGCAUAAUUUGGAAAGCGUUGUAUUACCCGAGUGAGGGAUACAGUAUAAUAUUUACUACCAUAUUUCCAAUUAAAGACUUUUGUUAGUAUUGCGAAGUAAUUAUUGUAUUCUUGAUUAAAAUUAAGCAAUUAUAGUUUAAUAUUAAGCAUUUAUGUUAUUUGGGUUAUGUAAUACCUAUAUAAUGGUAAAAUAAUGUUCAUAAUUUAUUUGUAUUUUGUAAGCCAAAGGAGUAACAUUAAAAGCAUUCUAUUAAUUUCGAUGUUUGACAGGAAUGAUUGACUUUUAAUGUAUAAACUGAUAGAUUUAAGUAAUUUAGAUUUAAUAGUACAAUAGUCAUAUCUUGCCAGAGUAUAACACAUUUACAUGUUUUAUCGUAAGUUUCUACUUUUUUGUUAAU